CCUCCCUCCUGUCAGCCUCAUACAAACUCGUCUGAUGGGACCCGGACCUCAUAAUAUUUUGCUGGCAUUCGCCUUUUACGCACAGCUGCAGCGUGCCCACUCUGUCUGAAGCCUUUUACGCACGGACCCACUUCCUUCUUUACCUGCGUGGCUGCUCUUCAGCUGUCAACUAAGGAGGAAAAUUAAGGACAGGAUAUGUUUGGGAUGUGGAGGAGGGGACUCCCUGGACUGUCAGUAUGUUGCUGUCUGCUGAUGCUGAUUCAGUUUGCUGCACAAGCAGAUGCCGCGUUCACCUGCAGCUCCACUCAGCUCAAGUGUGGAAAUGGGAGGUGUAUCACUCGCAGGUGGAUUUGUGAUGGGACCGAUGAUUGUGGUGAUGGGACUGAUGAGCUGCCAGAAACCUGCGCUACCAAAACCUGUCCGCAGUCAGAGUUUAACUGUGGAGCUCCCACGAACCAGUGUAUACCAGGUAGCUGGCACUGUGACGGCAAGGCUGACUGCAGGAACGGGGCUGACGAGAAGAACUGCACCGCCAAACAAUGCAAAGCUGGCGAGUUUCAAUGUGCCAAUGGUCAGUGUAUAUCCCCCAGCUUUGUCUGCGACAAAGACAACGACUGUUCGGACGGUUCGGAUGAAGCUUCCUGUCCCAAACCCACCUGCAGCUCUCUCUCCUUCCAGUGCAACAACUCAGUGUGCGUGCCAGCCAUAUGGCGCUGUGACGGUGAUGCUGACUGUGCUGAUGGGUCUGAUGAGUGGCCUGAAAACUGUGUGGGACAGGAACAUGUGAAGACCUCAGUGACCUGUACUGUCCGUGAGUUCCAGUGUACAGAUGGGCAGUGUAUACCCAGCUCCUGGAGGUGUGAUGGAGACUCGGACUGCCUCGAUCGAUCGGAUGAGGUCAACUGCAGUCAGCCCACUUGUGGACCAGAUCAGUUCCAGUGUAAUGAUGGUGUCUGCAUCCAUGGCAGCCGCCAAUGCAACGGACAGCAUGACUGCAGAGACCUCAGUGAUGAGAUCGGCUGCCACAUAGAUAGUGUAUGUGAAGGCCCCACCAAGUUUAAGUGUAAAAGUGGAGAGUGUAUCAGCAUGGACAGGGUGUGCGACAAACAGAGAGACUGCAGAGACUGGUCUGAUGAACCUGUCAAAGAGUGUGGCAACAAUGAGUGUUUGACUGGAAAUGGUGGCUGCUCCCAAAUCUGUGAUGAUCUGAAGAUUGGCUACAACUGCUCCUGCAAUUCUGGAUACAGACUGAUGGCAGACAAUAAAACCUGUGAAGAUGUCGAUGAAUGUGCUGUGCCGGACACUUGCAGUCAGACCUGCAUCAACCUGCCUGGCAGCUACAAGUGUGAUUGUCAGGAGGGCUAUGAGAUUGACCCUGCAAGCAGGACAUGCAAGGCUGAAUCAGGCACCGUGGCCACACUCUUCUUCACCAAUAGACAUGAAGUGAGGAAGAUGACAGUUGACCGAAGUGAGUACAUCCGUCUGAUUCCUCAGCUGAAGAACGCGGUGGCUCUGGACAUGGACAUGCCUAACAAGAUGAUCUUCUGGUCUGAUCUUUCCCUGAAGAAAAUCUACAGCUCCAGGUUAGACAUGGCUGGUGAUUCUUCUUACCACACUGAAGUAAUUGGCAGUGGGACUGAGGCACCAGAAGGGAUUGCAGUGGAUUGGAUCCAUGGCAACAUUUACUGGACUGACAGCAACUUAAAGACGAUCUCUGUGGCAACAACAGAUGGCAGCAAGAGGAAGACUCUGAUAACAGAGAACCUGGACAAGCCAAGAGCCAUCACAAUUGAUCCUGUUGAAAACUUCAUGUAUUGGACAGACUGGGGCGAGCGGGCCAGGAUAGAGAGGAGUGGCUUGAAUGGAGCAGAUCGCUCUACCUUGGUGUCAGAUAACAUUGUGUGGCCAAAUGGCAUCACCCUUGAUAUGGUUAACCAGCGUCUGUACUGGGUGGACUCUAAGUUGCACACUCUAUCCAGCAUUGAUGUGAAUGGAGGGACACGACGCACUCUCAUUUACGACCAGGAAACACUUGGCCAUCCCCUGUCUCUGACUGUGUUUGAGGAUAAAGUGUUUUGGACAGAUAUGACCAGCAGUGCCGUUUAUAGUGCCAGCCGCCUGACAGGAAAUGACAUCACCAAGCUAGCAAUGGACCUCAUCCAGCCAGAAGACAUUGUGCUGUACCAUAACCUCAAGCAGCCAACCGGUAAAAACUGGUGCACAGAGAGUAACAGUAUUAAUGGAGGUUGUGAGUUUCUGUGCCUUCCUGCUCCUGUAAUCAACCAGCACUCUCCCAAAUUCACCUGUGCCUGUCCUGACAACAUGACCAUGGCACCUGAUAUGAAGAAAUGUGUGGCAGGUUCAGUUGCCCCGCCGGUUGAGAAAAAAACUGCUGCACCACUCCCGUCUCAAGGUCCAACCAAGCCCAACCCGCCUCUCCCUACCACAACAGUUGCGACCACCAAAGCUACCAAAAAGCCUCAGAGUGCCUCAUCCAGCCAACCACCACAGACCACACAGCAGCCUGCCAUCACUGCUCAAGGUAACAAAUUAGCCGGCGGCCCUGAAGAAGCUCCUUCAUCCCACCCUUUUGCUCUCUACGUGGUUUUGCCAUUAAUGAUGCUGUGCCUGGUGGUAUUUGGAGCAGUGUUGCUGUGGAGACACUGGCGUCUGAAGAAUACCAACACUAUUCACUUUGACAAUCCUGUGUACCAGAAAACCACAGAAGACGAGCUCCACAUCUGCAGAAACAGCUCUGAGGGCUACGUUUAUCCUCAGAGGCAAAUGCUGAGCAUGGAGGACAUGGAUGUUGCAUGACACAUAGAUGACGAAGACAUUAAUUGUCUCUUGAAGUGAUUUUUUUUUUCUUUUGCAAACAUGAAGUAACAAAGGCCAUUUUUUCUACUGCUGCUGCCCCUCCCUGCCCACCUCAUUUUGUGGCUUAUUUUUCUGACCUCAGCACUGUGCCGUCCAAGCCUAAAGGAAAAAGAACUGAAAAAGAAGAAAAGCCCCGGAGCUUUUUGUAAAAUGGUUUUAUAUGAAGGAUUAAUGCGUAGUUUCAAAAGACGAUGUUCUUUAUCCUGGAGCUGUGACUCUUCUGAAACUCUUAAAAUUAUUUGUCUGAGCAUCCUGAUGCCUAACAUAAAGCAUAAAGCCUAACACAUAGUCUGAUUUUAUUAUCAAAAUACAUAAACAAAUCACAAGUUCUCCAAGAUAUACUUGAAAAAUCUGACAUUUACUGUCUCAAGACUCACUUGUGCCUUUCAACAACACUCUAACAAUUAAGUGACCUAAACACCUUACAGCCUCUAUCUCUUAGAUCAGCUUCUAUGGUAGUAAAUACUAAGGUUGCCAACAAUUUACACUUUUCAAUUAUUUUCAAUUAUUAUUAUUUUUUGUUACUGCGAGUUUCAAGACAACACAAUCUCCGUUACUUAAACGAUAUCAAGAAGUACCAAAGUUUGUCUUGGAGCUAAAAUGUUGCUUAAGUAUUUGGACAAAUCUGUACAAUUAAUUGGAGACCAGGAGUUUGCCUGCAAUUUUUGGUAAAUACAGAAGAAAUCCAAAAACGGGGUGCUUAGGACUUCUAUUUUUGUUGCUGUGGUACCAAAACUGAUAUCAAUAUUGUUUGAUUUUUACUAUAAUCAUAUCAAAGGCUCCACAAUUGGCAUCAAGAAAACCCUAGUAUACUAUACCUUUAGCUGUGAUUAUUGGUAUGGUUGCAUAUAAUAUUGUAAAUGCAAACUUUAUUUCUUUAUGGUACAGAGUUGCACAUUUUAUUGGCUCCCAUAUCAGAAGCAUUUAUCUUAAUUAUCAUCCAUCAAAGAAUCAUGAGUCACAUUUAAAUCAUUUCUCUUAUCUUCACAUAAAAAGCAUGUUAGACUGUGAAGAGUCUUAAAUGGUUUACAUUGUAUGUGAAAAAUGCUGCUGAGUUUUGUGAAGUCAACCAAAAUGAAGAAAAUUUUUCAAAUGAAGAAAGUUAAGUGAUUGUAGAUGAUUAAUCAUGAAGCACUGUAAAUAGUUACUGUAAAUACUUUGUAAAACACAUUUAUGUUCUGUCUGGUGUUGCCUUUUUACAUUUGUAAAUUUAAGUCAAAAUUAUUGUAAAUAUGUAAGAAAUUAUUUUUAUUUAUUUAAGGGAACAUUUGAGCUAAAGUUUUUUGUUAUUGUCAUCUGGAUCUCUAUUUUUUGUUCCAUCAGUACAUGCCUGACCUUUACAUUGUUUAGCUGUUGUUAUCUUAUGUUCAAUCAAACCUUUGGAUGCCUGUUCAGCUGAGUGUGUUUAAGGUACUGUGCGUGUCAUUUACAACAGAUUUCUCCAUGUUCAGGGGAAAUACUUAAGAGGCCUUUUGGUUCCUUAACCUUUGCUUUGAUGAUCAAUCACAUAAUUUAUUUUGCUUUGCCUUUUUGUUACUUUCACUGUGAGAUGAAGGCACAUACUGAGGUGAUCUCUGUCACUGUAAAAUGUAUGUAGAGACAGAAGUUAUGCACAGCAGCCUGCUUGUCAGUGCACAUUGCUUUGUUUUGUUUUUGGUUGUACUUUUCUUUUUUAAAUAAAAGAAUCUGAACCCAUUUUUGACAUUCUUUAGAGCAGCUGGGCCGUGACUAAGCUUGACAGUGACUUUGCAGAAAAAAGAAUCAAUUCAGCAU